AUGGAUCAUUACGAUAAGGAGCGUGCUAUUCCAGCUCUUGGUCAUUUUCCAAGAGAAGAAAUUUCUACAGGUACAACUUUAAUUGCUGUUGAGUAUGCUGAUGGAGUUAUUGUUGGAACUGAUUCUCGUACCUCUUCUGGAAGAUUUAUUGCAUCUAGAUCUGCUGAUACACAAGCUGUAACUGACAUUGUUAAAUAUCACUUAGAAGUCGCUGAAUUAGUCAAUAACAAAGAAGCAACUGUUCGUGAUUGUGGUUGGGAAUUUAAAAAAAUUCUUUUUAACUAUCGUGAAGAAUUAUCAGCUAGUAUGAUUAUUGCUGGAUGGGACAAAUAUGAAGGUGGACAAAUUUAUACAAUUCCAUCUGGUGGUCUUGUUACGAGGCAAAGUGUUACAGCAUCUGGAUCUGGAUCAACAUUUGUUCAUUCUUAUUUAGAUAUCAACUGGAAACCUGGUAUGAGUAAAGAAGAAGCCAUUGAAUUAGUUAAAAUGGCUGUUGGUCUUGCAGUCCAUAGAGAUGGUUCAUCCGGUGGUAUCAUUAGAAUUGCCAUCUUAAAUAAAAAUGGAACUGAGCGUCAAAUAAUUACUCCUCAAAAUCAAAGAUUCCCAGUUUUUGAGAAUUAUGUUACUUACAAUUGGUUAAGUGAAAAUAUGGAUAAAGAAACAAGAACUGUUGAACUUAUUGAGGAAGGUGUUUCAACUGCAUAG